AAAGUCUUACAUUUUUGCAGGCGUAAAAGGAGGUAAAAAAAAGGGGAAAAAAGAAAAAAGAGGAAAAAGAAACGGACGGCUCUGAUUGCUAGUCCUCUGUCGGAUGGCGAUCGAGAGCUGUUCGAUGGAGCUCACGUCGGGUGCGAGUGGUCGAAUAAUACCAGUGUGUAAGAACAUCAAGGAUUCCGUACUUUCAUGGCGGGCCCUGAACCGCCUGGUUUUGGUUUUCUAUUCUCUGUUUCUAUGGAUUUUUCUUCUUCUUCAGUACAGGAGGCGAAAAGCGGAGAACCUCUCUUCUUCGCCUUUGUCUUCGAAAUCCGGCAGUGGGUUUCGAAGAAAAGGGGUUUUCAGAGAACAAGAGGAUACUUUGAAGAGAAGGUACCUUGCUGAGAGUUUAAUGGUGGGUGGGAAUGGAGAUGGGGAGGGUUUCUUCUUUGAGGAGAACGCGUCUUUGUUUGUGAAUUCGAGGAGGAAUGCUCUGUUUUAUCGGUCGUGGACUCCUCUUCCUGCUAGUGAGUUGAAGGGGAUUCUGAUCCUUAUUCAUGGGCUUAAUGAACAUAGUGGUCGAUAUGGACAUUUUGCUACGCAACUAACUGCAUGCAACUUUGGAGUCUAUGCAUUGGAUUGGAUAGGUCAUGGUGGGAGUGAUGGGUUACAUGGAUAUGUACCUUCUCUUGAUCAUGUUGUUGCUGAUACUAGUGCGUUUUUGGAGAAAGUUAGAUUGGAAAACCCUGGUAUACCGUGUUUCCUGUUUGGGCACUCGACUGGGGGAGCGGUGGUUUUGAAGGCGGCUUCUUAUCCUGCUAUUGAGGCCAUGCUUGAAGGAAUAGUUUUGACUUCGCCUGCCCUGCGUGUGAAUCCUGCACAUCCCAUUGUCAAGGCAUUGGCACCCGUCUUUUCUCUCAUUCACCCCACGCUCCAAUUCAAGGGAGCCAACAAAAGAGGCAUCCCGGUUUCUCGAGACCCAGCCGCUCUCGUGGCCAAAUACACGGACCCCCUUGUUUACACAGGCCCCAUAAGGGUGCGAACGGGUCAUGAAAUCCUUCGCAUCUGUAACUACCUUCAACGAAACAUGGCAGCCAUUACAGUGCCAUUCUUAGUUCUUCAUGGAACAGCUGACAAGGUAACUGACCCCCUCGCCUCACAAGACUUGUACAAAUUUGCUUCUUCUAAACACAAAGACAUCAAACUUUAUGAAGGCUUCCUCCAUGACCUGCUCUUUGAGCCUGAAAGGGAUGAGAUUGCAAGGGAUAUCAUGGACUGGUUAGAGAUGAGGCUUGAGUCUAAAUAAGUGUCACAGGGGUGUUGUUUUAAAAUUUUAUUAGAUUUCUUUGGUCUAGGAGUUGGGGUCCCCAAACUUGGGACAAAUGAGGUGGUAUGCUGGGUUGGGUGAAUGGUGGGGAUGUUGUGUUUUUCGUUGAUUGGAUUCAAUGAACGGUGGAGAUGUGAUGGGUGGUGUUUACGUAUGGUAAAUAUUAGCUUUCAGUUGUAAAGAUGAAUAUAUUAAAAGAAAAAGAGAGAAAAGCAAACAGAAGCCAAGUCUGGUUUCAUUGUUUGGUCUGAAUGUGUAAUGUGGGUUAAGCACCCUUGCUGGUUGGCUCUGCCCUUUGUAUUGAACAUUGGUUUAAUAUAUCAUAUUUCUGAAGAUGGAUUGGGAA